GUCAGGCAGAGUCACACUUCCGACGCGUUCCGACGCACAUCAGUGUAGGCUCUGGUAGACUAUGGUUAAUGGUUCCCCUCGCUUGGGUUGACGGCUUGUUUGUAGCUGAGCGCAAGCUUUUUCAAUACAUCAGCUCAAGGCAAAGGAAUAUUAUUUGCUUUAUAAACAAACUGUUAUUUUAUAUCGUUCGCGUCGCGUUCAUUUGGAAGCUCUGAAUUAAAUCGCUGUGAGCAAGGUGCAGAUGAAGAGGAUGCUGUGUGACGAAACAUCGCAAACAUCACGAGAGAGUCUCACUUCAGUACAGCAUCACUGAUAUUUCGUUAUUUGGCGCUUUAAAACUCGCGAAAGACUAUUUAUGACCCUGGAUCGAAACUAAAAUAGCCUACUAUUUGUUUUCGGACUGAUUAUAACGCGUUAAUCUAUGUCUGUAGUAGGCUACUAUCCUAAACGUUUUUAACCGAUGAUAGUCUGAAAAGUGCUCUGGUUAAGGGAAAGCUUUUUCUAAUUUCUUUGGAUUAUUUAGUAACAUAUUUGCAGCAGUAUAACUUUGCUGUUUCAUUGUGUAAUAUGAUGCAAUGUCAGCUGAGGACCCAAUGCAUGAGCUGUGAAGUUAACCGUGCACACUUGAGCAUUGACAUAAUGGAUAGACGCGGAUAAUUUUCAUCGAACAGGUGGUCCUUUAAUGUUUCUCCAUGAGUCUGCUGUUUGCUGAUGGAACAGAAGGUCCUCAGUAAGUCCGCAAUGGUUUCCAGGCUGCCAAAAUUUGGUGCGCGUCCUGUCAAUUGUACCCCUUCAUCCCUUCCCAAUGGUACAACCCAGACUGCGCUCACCCAAGAGAGCAAAAAUCCCCCUGCUAGGCCAAACGGAGUGGUCAGAGCCUCCUCCUUUUCCAUGAAAUGGAGGAAGUGCAGUGAUGGGUCAGUGGACUCUUCAAGCCCAGUCACAGGCAGUAUACCAGAAGAAAAAAAAGAAGUUCGCUCCCUGCAUUCUCCAGGAAGUAAGGAGUUAAAAAGCCCUUCUACUCCUGCAACCAAAGUGCGCAGGUCUGCCUCCUCAUUGUCCACCGGAAGCCCCAAACCUGUAGCCAAAUCCCCUAAAUCCACCCCGAGCCCUAAACCAACGCCCAAAAACACUCAAACCACCUCCAAAAGUCAGGACGUAUCCCAAAAAAACUCAAGCUCCAAGCUAACUCAAAAUGGGACAUCAUCUCUGGGGUCUUCACCAGGCCAAGCAGCCUCUUCGGGGCUCCAGCGACCAAGGGCGAACUCUAGCUCCACUCGAAGCACCUCUAGAGACAGCUUGUCCCAGUCCAAUGACAGCCUCUCACGCCAGCCUGCUGUGCCUGACUACAUGGUGCGUUCUCAGAGCUUCACCCACUUCAAGCAACUGCCCUCGCCAACGUCCGCACCCAUGACUCGAUCCUUUUCUUUCAACAAGGCUGUGGAGCUAGCCAAACCGCUUGCUAAUACCCAGCUGCGUCCUCCGAGAACACUUGGACUCAAAUCUUCCCUGAGCCUCAGCAAGGGCCGGCUAGUGCUCGGUUUAGGGGGCCUGGGUUUUGGAAAGGGGUUAACAGAUAGACUAUCUUCUGGGACUCCUUCUUUAGAGAGCUUAACGCCUUCUAAUUCCAUAAAAAGGCCACUUCUGCCUAACUCUGGGCUGACAAAGCACUCGUUACAGGCCUACAGGUUAAAUCGACCAAUUGCUUCCAAACCGCAGUGCCCUCUAGUGGUUGGGAGGUACCCUAUGGAGAGUGAUGUUAUAACCCUGCCUCUCAGUUGUGCCAAAAAGAGUGCAUCAGCUUCUACAGUUUCCCCCGAGGAGCAUGUGACAGAGCCGGAGACGGAUGGGAGCCUCCGCUACUCCGGGGAUGGAACGGAGGACAUGUCUCUCUCCUCUGCAUCUUCUCUUGAGAGGAAUGACACCAGUGAGGAGUUCCUAGAUGACUUUGACAACAUAAGGGACCAAUCGCAAAAUGGCAUCCUGCAUAACAAAAUUCCUUUAGCCACACCCACCCAGACACGCCUGCAGAGCUUCUUGAAUGAGACCAUGACCUGGACUGGGAUUGGGUUGGAAGGUGGAAAGGCAGAUUUAAGGGCUGGUGUGCUCCGUGGGCGGCCGCCGCCGCUCAUGUCCCCUGAUGUGGAUCAUCAUGCGGCCUCCUCUCUGGAGCUCUCCCCCUCUAACAGCUCUGGAGGAACAUACAUGUGGGAUGAGGAGGGCAUGGAGCCACUGGGACACAACACGCAUAUACACCGUUGCAGCAGUUAUGAGUCAGACCUCAACAGCAUAGAUAUUCUGAACAACUUUGAUAACACUGGAUCAUGUGACCUGGAAGAUGAUGACCUCAUGCUUGAUGUUGAUCUGCCAGAAGAUGCCUUACACAAUGAUGGGAUGGCCCACUUUGAGCGCUCUGAGAGGGGGGGCCGGCCGCCUCAAUGGAGGAGGAGACAGCAGAGAUGGAGUGGAAUGGAUCAAGCUCAUAAUGACAACAGACUGGCUGGGUUUCAUUACGAUGCCUGUCGCACAGGCCAUCGGCCCCUCCAGCCCACAGUUCAGCAUGACAGUCACACGGUGGUGCUAGAUGAGCUCACUUUCAAGCACGUGGCAGAAGACUGUUCAUCUGUCAAAUCACAGCUGCUCAAACUCAAGAGUCUGCUGCAGAUGGAUGAUGGUGAGAUUACUCCAGAGAGUUUGGAUUCCAGUGAAGAUGACAGCAGAACCAAGCAGAUGGAGGAACUGAUGAAGGAGGUGGCGCAUCUCAGGGAAGAGGUGAAAAAUAAGGAUAAAAUCAUCGCACGGCUCACUCAUCAACAGCAUCAAGAAUCUCCGGUGAGAUGUCAUUGUCAUCAGCUGAAGUCAGGAGCCAAAGGUGAAAGAAGAACACAUCAUGAUAAAUCCACUCAGACGGUAUGGCGACCGCCCCAUCAUCAUCCCGCUCCUUACCUCCCUCUUGUUCGUUUUUCGUGGUGAAAUAGCCCGACGGUCUCGCGGGACACCUUGAGCUGAGGCUCGUUUGCCGAGGUGCCGAUUUGGCCAAUUUGCAGCUGCUACGGGAAAACGGGUAUCUACUACAGAGUGCAGAAUGAUUGUCAUCUCCUAUUUAAGAGAAGCCCCGCAGCACCCACUCCGGUGGUUUAGCUUUCAGACACCCAGCCUGGGAUGUUCACCAGGGGACGUGUUCUUAUUGAAGACCGGCACACAAUCAGUAAAGCCAACAGCACACAGAGAUAGACUGGAGUCAGGAGAGAUUACAGGGAGGAGAGAGAGAUGAGGGAGGUAACAAGAGAUGGAUGAGAAUUUGAAAGUGGAAAUGAGGAAGAGAGAGAAACAGAGUUAUUGGGGACCGGGAACAAAAGGACUGGUGUUCAGUUUGCAUGUUAGUGUUUGAAAACUAAAGGGAUACUUACUUCACAGGUGUGUUUUCCAUACCUGCAUGAAUUCCUUUAUUCUGUGGUGGUAAGGCUGUAAGGCUAAAUAAAUUACAGAAUUUUCCAUUUUUAGGUUAACCACCCCUGAUGUUAAAAGUUACAUUUGCAUGACUUCUUCAUAAAACAAGUUAUGAGUGACUCGUUAUUAAUUUCACAAAGCUGCAAACAAUGUAAAAAAAAAUGUAUUGCAUGUUAAUCAUAACACUAAAAUAUUUUUUAUCCUUAACACAAGUGUGACAUGUUCAUGGAUGGCUCCCUGGGUUCAUAGACUUCUUUUGUUUUUCUUGUAACAACAUUCCUCUUAUCCAUUUAUAGACCUAACUCUUACCCUAAUGCUAAACGGAUAACUAAAAUUAGCAGGCGGUGACUGGUUGAUGGGAUUUGUUCCUGUACCAGAAACAGCAAAGCAGGAUGAAUCUGAUAUCAGUUAUAAUGGAAUAAAUUGUAAACUCAAAAUAAUGCCACAGAUUAUUUCUACAAAUGUGACCCUGGAUCACAAAACAAGUCGCACGGGUAUAUUUGUGGCAAUAGCCAACAAUUGUAUGGGUCAAAAUUAUAGAUUUUUCUUUUAUGCGAAAUAUAAUUAGGAUAUCAAGUAAAGAUCAUGUUCCAUGAAGAUAUUUUAUAAAUUUCCUAGUUUUUUAAAUAGUUUUAUCUUGUUCAAAUAUUGUCCUAUCCUAACAAACAAUACAUCAAUGGAAAUUCAUUCAUUCAUUCAGCAUUCAUGUGAUGUAAAUCUUAAUUUAAAAAACUUAAACCCAUGUGACUAGUUUUGUGGUCCAGGGUCACAACAAAUGAUUCUGUCAGUCCAAAAGUACAAUUAGUCUCAAAGACAUAAGUUCCCAUUUAUUGUACUUGCUUCUAAACUUUUCAAACCCGUAUUGUUCAAUUUCAGUGGAACUAAAACAUGAAUUCAAGUUUUUGCGAAGUUGGUUUAAUAGACCUAGACAUUUUUGCCUGGCCUGAGUUUUGCCAGCAUGUACAUUACGGUGCAAAAGUUUAGGGUCGGUAAGAUUUGUUAAUGUUUUUGAAGUCUCAUGCUUGCAAUAGCUGCAAUUAUUUGAUAUUUAAAAAAAAUAAUAAUAAAAAAGUAAGAUUCUAAAACACUAAAAUAACUGUUUUCUGUUUCAUUAUAUUUAAAAAUGCAGUUUAUUCCUGUGAUGGCAAAGCGUAAUUACUAACCAUAAUUGGAUUGCAGUUGGUGACUUAGUGUUGUGCACUUGCUCCAAAUGAUCCUUCAUAUAUUUUUGUUAUUUUUUUUGGUCAUGUCUACAGUAUUUGGACAGACAGAUGAACACUAGCUCAACUAGGCAGAAAAAAAGAUAAGUGUUGCUCAAAUAUAACUGUGCAUGCAAGCACACUCUUUAAAUUAAAAAGGUAAACAAGUCUAGUUUUCUGUCCAUAAUGGAAAAGAGAGACUAGAGUCGUAGAGUUACUACAGUAUAUAUGUAAUAUCACAAGGCUGCAAGACCAUGCACACUUUCUGGGUAUCAGGUCGUGUAAUUUGUUUUGUUUGCCUUUUAUAUCUUAAAAAAAUUCCCAAAGGUACCUCUAUAGUAUGCAAUCAGUUUUCAAGAUAAGGUUUGUAAGUUUACGUACAUUACGGUUGUGCGUGACAAAAUAUUAGAGAUAAAAAUGUACAUAUAACCUAAGAACAUUUGAUUUCCUUAGAGUUUCGUUCAACAGGAAAAGAAAAUAUUAUCUGUGAGAUGCGCAUGUGUUGGCUAGGAAUAUUGCAUGCACGUAUUUUUUCUUGUGGCUUAUACAUUCACGGCUUGUUCCUUGCUGUUAUUUUAGUCUGAUGUUCAGACAUUGAUGGUAGUUUGUCUUCUCAGAGGAGAUGUGCGCCGUUUCUCUGUGUGAUGUGCUUGCAAAAGAGUUUUUCUUUCUAAACUGUGUGUUUGUCUAGAUUCACUGGGGUUUGUCUCUCUCCGCAACUGUGCGGGUGCCGUGUGUGUGUCACGGUUUUUCUAUGU